AGCUGUGUACUUCUGUCAUGCUCAGUUCACUCAGCGACCCGGCCUUCUAGACAUACACACACACACACAUGCUGAAGUGAAGACAGAGGAGAAGUAUACUUCUCACAGUCUAGUGCUGCUCAGGCCAGGUGGAGAAGUUGUUUUAUUUGAUGCGAUGGAUUCUGGAGGACUGCUUGUUUUGCUAAACUUUUAAACCGACUUCCUGGAUCUUGCACAAGAACUCGAUAUUUGGUGUAAGCGGGAUGAUUGGGACCAUUGGCGAAUGGUUUUGGUGGGACCGCCUCUGGCUGCCCGUCAACCUGACAUGGGCAGAUCUUGAAGACAAUGAUGGCAGGGUCUACACUAAAGUGUCACACUUAUACAUCACCUUGCCUUACUCAAUAGGUUUCCUCAUUGUGCGCUACAUCUUUGAAAGGUUCGUAGCCACACCAUUUGCAACUGCCCUUGGUGUGACAGAAAGGAACAGACAAAAAGUCCAGUACAAUCCUGUUCUGGAAAAUUAUUUCAACUCCUGUUCCAAAACCCCAGGCCUGGCAGAUGUUCAAGGCUUGUCAAAAAAAUGUAGCAUCUCCAGUAAACAGGUGGAGCACUGGUUCAGGAGAAGACGCAACCAGGAGCGUCCAGGGCUCCUGAAAAAGUUCAGAGAGGCCAGCUGGAGAUUUGUUUUUUACUUAGGAGCCUUUAUUGGUGGCCUUGUAGCCCUGUAUGAUAAACCCUGGUUUUACAAUUUGCGAGAAGUGUGGAUUGCUUAUCCAAAACAGGCAAUGUUGGAUUCUCAGUACUGGUACUACAUCCUGGAGAUGAGCUUUUACUGGUCUCUUCUUUUCAGCAUCACAUUCGACGUGAAACGAAAAGACUUUAAGGAGCAGAUAAUUCACCACUUAGCCACUUUGACGCUGCUGGCAUUUUCCUGGUGUGGAAACUAUAUACGAGUAGGAACAUUGGUCAUGCUCGUGCAUGAUGCUUCUGAUGUGUUUUUAGAAUCUGCCAAGAUUUUUAACUACGCCAAAUGGGAGAAAACUUGCAAUGGCAUUUUCGUCCUGUUUGCAGUUGUGUUCAUGGUGACAAGACUUGUUAUCUUUCCAUUUUGGAUCAUCCACUGCACGUGGGUCUAUCCACCUGACUACUACCCUGUUUUUUUUGGGUAUUACUUCUUUAAUGCUAUGCUUGUCAUCUUAUUAAUGCUUCACAUAUUCUGGGCCUACCUUAUCCUCCGUAUGGUGAAGAAAUUUCUCUUUGGAAGUUUAACCAAAGAUGAGAGAAGUGACAAUGAAGAAGAAGAAGAAGAGGAAGAUGAGGAAGAUGAACGAGAAGAUGAAGGACAAAAGAGGAUACUUGGGGACCAUGAUGGACACUCAAAAGUCACCAAUGGUUGUGGAGCCAACCAUCACUAACUGGACAGUUCUGCAGUUUUUCUUGCUGCUGAUGACUGAAGGAACCUAAUGAAGUUUGUUUUUAUUUUUUAGAAGAAAAAAUAGACUCCCAUGGUGUUUGUCCUCAACUUACUUCAUAUUAUGUGAGAAACAUUGAUUUAUUACCAUCAUAAAAGUGCCAGAGACCUGAGCAGAAACACACUUGUAUCUUUCAGCAAUACAAAUCCAAACAAGUGCUUGUUUCUUUUUCCUUAGUGCCAAUAGAGACUGAUUGCCUUGGCUCCUCCAUUGUGACCACACUCACUACAUGAACCACAAACUUAGCAAGAAUAAAAACAUCCCAAAAGGGGAAAAAAAUCAAUUGUGCCUAAUCUAAUCCUCAUUGUUCAUUGGAACACAAUGCAACAGACUGACCUGGAGGCUGCUGUGGCUCCUCUGCUGUUUUACAUCAGUAAGAUGAAAUCACAGAUUUUUUUUUUACCUUGCUUGAAGACACUAUAACAUCAAAUCGUCAUAGUUCAACAUCCUCAAAGCUCAUAAUGUGAGGUCCAAAUCUUGUGUUUAAAAUUUGCAUUGUAAAAAAAAAAGCAAAAAGUUUGCUUGUUCAGCUUCAUGGAAGAAAACCAAGGCUAAUGUUGCUAACGAGUAAGUGAAUCUAAAUUAUAAUAAGUUUAACAUGUGCAAAUGCAAUGUGUAAAUAUUCACCCAUUUGCCUAAUUGUAGCUCUAUCUCGGUUUGAAGUUUCUUACUUAAUAUACUGUUGAUAAGUGAGAGUGUAUAAGAGAGCUGAGAACAAAUUAAUGCUAAAGGAGAACAAGUAAAAGUAAUUGAGAUGUGUUAGACCUGAAUUACACUGCCUGGCCAAAAACAAACGAAAAAAAAAAAAAAAACCUAAUAUUUCAUUCAGCCACCCACCUUUAGCUUUGAUAACGGCAGGUAAUUUUUUUAUGUGUAAAAAUAAUUUUUCAUGCUCCCACAACCAUCAGGGAACAAAUAUAUCCAUUGAUGGGAUAACCCAGGCAUUUACAUAAUAAGCUGACUUCAUUUUAUUGCCUUAUACUGUAAUGUUGGUGAGUCUAGACCUGGCCAACUGAAGCAACCCCAGAUCAUAACACUGCCUCCAGAGGCUUGUACAGUGGCUAUUAUAUAUGAUGGAGGCAUCGCUUCUUGUGCCUUCCUUCUUACUCUGAUGCACCAAUUGCUCUGGUAUUGGGUCAGUCUUGAGCUCUUCAGAGCACAUGACCUUUUGCUCUAAAGUCCCAUCUUUAUGCCCCUUGCCAAUUGAACUCCCACCUUUUUUUAAAUAAGAGUCUUCUUAACAAGUGGUUUUCUUAUGGCCAUAGCUGUUUAGGUACAAUUCUAAUUCGAUUUGUAUGUGGAAAUGCUCUCACUUUAACUAUUAAACAUGCUUGAUGAACACCAAUAAUUUGACCCUUCUAAAAGGCUUUUUUUUUUCUUUUGGCCGUGCAGUGUUUUAGUUGUUUUUAAUGUUGAUGUUACAAAUAUUGAAACACAUGUAUGCUUUGACAUUUGAAAAAAGUGGUCACAAGAAAGAUUUUAUCUUUGAAAUUGUGACAUUUUGACUACAAAGUAUUUUGUUUUAAUAAGAAACAUGUUUCAUUAAAGAAAUUGUUAGGGGAUUAAUUUUAUCUUAAAUUUACUCACUUGAUGUAAAAUCAAAACAAGCAGUUUAAUGGAGAUAAAUCA